UCCUGAGCUCAGUGGAGAAACGGACAGUAUCUACGAGUUUAAAUCAGAGGACAGCCAGAGCAAAAAAAAAAUAAUAAUAAUAAUACACUCAGCCCUUUGAGCAUGCUGGUGAUAUGAAGAAUCAGCACUUAUCUAACAGGAGCAGUGAAGUGUCGCAGACAGGAUGGGCAGAAGAAAAUAAGACUUAUCGGAGAGAGGAAGCUACCUGUGGACAGAAGGUCUCGUGUUUUUUAGAGACUAGAGAUCAGAAUGAAACUUGUAGAUAUGGCACAUGAAAAACACAGCCUUUGGAUCUUUGGCUACGGAUCUUUAGUUUGGAAGCCGGAUUUUGCUUAUAAAAGACGGAAAGUUGGUUACAUUAAAGGAUACAAGAGACGGUUCUGGCAUGGGGAUGAUUUCCAUCGAGGGGAUAAAGAGAAGCCAGGCAGAGUUGCCACACUAGUAGAAGAUGAGGAGGCCUGCACAUGGGGCGUUGCCUACGAAGUGCCACAAUCCCACAUGGAGGAGUCCCUUCAGUACCUCAACGUCAGGGAGGUUAUGCUGGGAGGAUACAUAACAGAAAUUGUGGAAUUUGUUCCUAAAGAGAAGAGCCACACUCCUCUGCUGGCUCUGGUCUACAUCGCCACAUCGGACAACCCCAUCUACCUUGGUCCAGCCUCAGAUGUGGAGAUUGCAGCCCAAAUUUCAAUUUCCAGUGGAAAAACGGGCCACAAUAUCGAAUAUCUGCUCCGGCUGGCAGAGUUUAUGAGGCUGUGCUGUCCGGAGGUGGAGGACGAGCAUCUUUUCUCCAUCGAGGCAGCUCUGUUAAAGAUCUUCCCACAUGGAGAGGUCACACUCUCAGCUCAAAAAGCUCUUUAACGGGGACCUUAAAUGAUAGCACACAGGACUUCUUUUAUGAUUUUUUUGAUUGUUUAAGGUAUUUGGUGCUAUAAAUAAAUUAUAGGAUUUCAUGUGAAAAUUUCCUCUUUUUGUUGGUAAUAAGAAAGACUUUGACUACAAUGUGGAGGGUCUGCAGUGAGCACCUGUUUUCCUUAAAAAGUAAAUAAUUACUUCUUUUAAAUUUGUGCUUAAGCACUUUUAAAAAUGUACUUUUAAGUAUAUUUGAAUAAAAAUGUUGCAUUUUGAAUGAAGGUCAUUGUUUUAUCAUUAAAAGCAUAGACUGCAACAUGC